AUGUUUCAGUGUCAUAAGGAGAUGCAUUUGAGAAAGAACGAGUCAACUCCUCAUAUUGAUAACGACCUGCGUCAGCUGACGUAUGCAACUGCGGCUAAGCGAAAGCUGAUGAUGGAUCAGGAGGAGCAAGGAAAUCCUGCAACAUCGUCAGCAUCGUCAAUUCAUAGCCAACCAUUGAUCACGACUACCACACCGAAGAAGAAGUCGAAUAAGGUAGAAACCUGA